UUUUUUGGCGGGACCACUUUCUGCUACAUUGGCUGAUAUACUUUUUCAGCUUCUCAAUGCGUGCUUUUACGGUGUUGGACAGGCAAUGUCUAUACCUAUAUCUUUUUCUUGUGCUAACGACGACCCACUCAAUUCCCCCCCCCCCCAAUGCUUACAACCGGUUAAGGGGAGGUCUUGAUUGUAUUGUGAAGACUAACCUUAGGCGUGAUAAUAAAAAAGGGAAAUAUAAAUAUAUACAUGUUUUAAAAAAAAGGGCGUUUUUAAAAACAAAAGUUAUCAAUAACUAACCUUUUCACAAUACCCAUUACUUCUCUAUGAAAAGACAGUGUUAUAAAAAAUCUACAUAAAAAGAAAGAGAAGAACGGACGGAAAAAGUCUUUGAAUGGGUGUUAUUUGUGACCGAAAAAAAAGCGCCCGUAUACGUCAGGAUGAUUUAAUUGUUUCUUUAAUCAGAAAAUCACGCAAACGAGUCUUAAUUAUAAAUUUAUAAACAAGAGUUGGCUUAUGUCAGAAUAGCUCAAUUGUCUAUCUAAUUAUCCAUUUGUUUGAGCCUUUACGCAUAAUAGAAGAGAGUGUUGUAAAUAGGGUUUUCAAAACUAAGAUCUGUUUUACUCCAAUA